GCCGGCGCGCUGGGUUGGGUGGGGCUAGGCUGCGGGAAAAAGCAAUAGGGAAGGGGCUGCCAGCCGUGUCGAGAAUUGCUGUAGCUCUUUCUGUGGGCAGGUGCUGCUGGUUUUUGGAUUAUGAGAAAAAAUACGUGAUUGCCAGAGGAGAUGAUGCUCCGGUGCUGAACAGCUCUCUGGUGACGAAAGCUCCCGCUGCUCUUCUCUCCCUCAGUCGAUUUAUUCAUACUGAAACCUCUUGUUUUUAGGUUUUCUUUCCUGCAGUGAGCUCCUGAAAGUCUUCUGACAGUGAGAUCAAAGUCCCUUUUUCAGCUCAUCUUUCCAGAUGUCAAGCUUUGUUUGACUCUUCGGUUUCUCGUAGUUGAAGAAUGUAUGUUUAUUUUCUUUCUGCAGCUAUGUUAUUGAUACUACUUCAUCUGUUUAAUGGUUUUAAAGAGAGUAUAAAAAACCUGAGCAUCCUGAAGCUAAAGUAGGUAGCGUUCAAUGAUCUGGUCUGUAACUAAAUCGGUGUGCCAUACACUGUCUGAAGAGAACAAGUAUUUUGCCCUUACAUAUGCACCUUUGUGUCUGUGUGUAUACGUACAUACCUCUGCAUGUGUGCAUACGGUUAUACAUACUUGUAUGUCCAUAUACAUACAAACAUAUGAGUGUGUAUAUUUCUAUGUAAAAAAAAAAAGGGAGUAUAUAUGGUUUUGUUCACAGAUGCGUCAGCACUGAAGUUAUUAUUCAGAAUGAAGCACUUACUUAAAACAGCAGACUAUUAUUUAAGUUAACGCAAUAUAAAUAAUAUUACUUUUUUUUCAUUAUAAGCAGCUUAUAAGAGUUGUGGGCACUUUAUAUUGGCUCUGUGCUUCCUUAUUCUCAGGAAACUAGUCAGUGAUGUGCAGCAUGAGGAGUAAGUGGUUGGAGUAUACCUCUUCGGGGAUUUCGUGGACCUCAGCAGUGUAAAUCACUUGUCUGAUACAAUUUAAUCUGGUUCCAGCAGUUUUGAGUCCUGGGAAAACGCACGUGAAGUUCACAUUGCCUUUUGUUGUUCUGUGUAACAGCAGGCGCAAUUUCUGGAGAGGUUCCAAAUCUGAUCACCUGAUUAAUAUUCAUGUUUUGACUUAAAUGCUUUAGUCAGUCUGGUCAAACCUUGGCAACACAAGUGUGUGGUAUUGCGCUGAUGUUUUGCCGUCAAUACUGUUGCUGUCUGUCAAAGUAAGCAGAAAGACAAAGUCAAAAAAGGAAGAGGAUGCAAGCAAGGGCAGGUAGCCAGGGAGGAAUUCAGGGAGAUUGUUCAAGCAGUCGGGGAUUAAGCUGGGAAAGCUAAAUUCCUGAUGGAAUUAAAUCCAGCCAGGGAUGUCAGGAGCAACGAGAAAAGUUUCUCUAGGUAUGCUGGUGAUGAAAGGAAGAUUAGGAAAAAUGUGGGCCCUCUCUGGAAGGAGACAAGAGACCUGGUUACCUAAGACAUGCAGAAAGCUAAGAUUUUUAUUUUUCUUAAAUGGCGACAUUAAUUCACACUUUAGCGGAUCAUAGUGAUGAUGUCAACUACUGCGCCUUCUCAUCGUCGUGCUUGGCUACUUGUUCCUUGGACAAAACAAUCCGUGUUUAUUCUUUGAGCGACUUCGCGGAGCUGCCGUACUCGCCGCUGGAAGGUCACGCGUACGCCGUGCACUGCUGCUGCUUCUCGCCGUCGGGACGCGUGCUGGCCUCGUGCUCCACGGACGGCACCGUCGUGCUCUGGGACCCCCGCGACGGCCGCAGGCUGGCCGUGCUGCCGCAGCCCGGCGCCAGCCCCGUCAGGGUCUGCCGCUUCUCCCCCGACGCCUCCUGCCUGCUGGCAGGGGCGGCGGAUGGCAGCGUGGUGCUCUGGAACGUGCAGUCCUUGAAGCUGUACCGAUCUGGGAAAGUUAAAGGUGGUUCUUUGAUGGCUUGUGCAUUUUCUCCCAAUGGAAGUUUCUUUGUCACUGGAUCAUCAAGUGGUGAUUUAACCAUUUGGGAUGAUAAAAUGAGAUGCCUGUAUAAUGAAAAAGCACAUGAUCUUGGCGUUACCUGCUGUGAUAUUUCUUCACAUCCAGUAUCUGAUAGUGAAAAUGGAUUCACAUACUUCCAGAUGGCUUCCUGUGGACAAGAUAAUAAAACCAAACUGUGGCUUAUUUUGUUUGCAGAUUUCUUAGGUGUUCAGUUAAAAUAUAAGUGCACACUGAAUGGGCACUCUGCCCCAGUUCUGGCUUGUGCAUUUUCGUGUGAUGGACAGAUGAUAGUCUCAGGGUCUGUGGACAAGUGCGUCAUUAUCCAUGAAACUAGUACUGGCAAUACCCUUCAUACUUUGUCUCAGCAUACAAGAUACGUUACAACUUGUGCUUUUGCACCACAUAGUCCCUUACUUGCCACAGGCUCAAUGGAUAAAACUGUGCACAUAUGGCAGCUUGACCUUAAGCAAUCCUGUGCAGGAGAUACUGUAGAAAAUGAAUCAAAGGUGGCUGUUGAGGACUGGUCAGAGGAUGAUGUUUCAGCCUGGCUUUGUGCACAGGAUUUAGCAGACUUCGUUGGACUUUUCAAAAUUAAUAAUAUUGAUGGCAAGGAACUACUGAAACUUACUAAGGAAAGUCUUGCUAAUGAAUUAAAAAUUGAGUCUCUAGGCCUGCGCAGUAAAGUUCUCCAGAAAAUUGAAGAACUAAGGAUGACAACGAUCUCGGUUUCUGUUCCUGAUGAGUUCCUAUGUCCCAUAACAAGAGAGCUUAUGAAUGAUCCUGUCAUUGCCACAGAUGGCUAUUCCUAUGAAAGGGAAGCAAUGGAAAACUGGAUCAGCAAUAGACGAUCUAGUCCCAUGACGAAUCUUCCUCUCCACUCUCUUAUGCUCACACCAAACAGGACACUAAAAAUGGCCAUUACUCGCUGGCUAGAGACUCAGCAGAAAUAGUUAAACCACUUAAUUUUGAAGUUGUUUGUUAAAAUUAAUUGAAAGUUUAUGCAGCUGAAGGAAUUCACUGUAUCAGAAAACAAAUGGAAAGAUGUGUUUCUCUUCUAAUCUGUGGCUGGUUCAGCCUUCACUGGUGGAAACUCCCAGAAAAACUUAAUUUCCUGGUAGUUCUACUUUGUGGUAUUUCUGUUUAGGAAUCAAGUACUCAAACUCAAUUUUUCAAGUAAAAUUUUCUUAAAUUUUUUUACUACAUUUAUGCGUUUUGAGUCUUCAUCUUGCCAAGUCAGUCUUUCAGAAGGUAAGAAAUAGCGAAGUAUAGGAUCUCUAUUUCUUUUUCUAGUAUAAUAAACCAAAAUGUGUCUGUCUUUCUCUGUUCCUCACUACUGGACACGUAGUUGGAAAAGCUGGGAGAGAGUUUCUCCUGUAACCAUCAGGGAUUGCAUCUCAUCCCACAGGUAUAUUAAUAAUCUUUAUUUUGUAUGGAAAGAGUACAGUAGCUGUGCAAAAAUAGAACUACAGGACAAGACUAAUAUAGGACUUGUACAAAAUAUCAAAUAAACAGUAAACAAUAAAUAA